AUGAACCUCCAAACCCUCCUCCUCUCCCUAACCCUAACCCUCACAAUCCAAACAACCGCAACACCCCUCCCAUCCUUCUUCGCCCGCGAUACAGCUCUAACGGAAUCCCAACUCAUCACCAUCGCCCCAACCUCCAAAUCCUGCACAGACGCCCCAGCAAAAGACGAAUGCGCAACAGCAAAACAAGCAGCAAAAUUCACCUCCCAAUCAUUCGACACAUACAAAGUCACCUCGAAAGCAGAGCAAGCUGCCAUCAUCAGUCUGAUGGCGUUUGAAAGCGACGAUUUCAAAUAUAAUAAGAAUCAUUUUCCUGGCGUUGCCGGACAGGGCACACGCAAUAUGCAAUCCCCAUCCUUCAACAAAAAAUACGCCUCGUCCCUGCCAGACUUGAAAGAAAAACUCCCGGCCGUCAGCAACAGUCCCGCUGAUCUACUGGAUCUCCUGCGCAACGACGGUGCCACGGACUUUGGUUCUGCCGCUUGGUUCCUUACUACACAGUGUUCGAAGGAGGUGCGCAGUGCCCUUGCUGAUGGGUCGGAGACUGGUUGGCAGAGGUUUAUCUCGGAUUGUGUGGGGACUUCGGUUACGGAUGAGAGGAAGGUGUAUUGGGAGAGGGCUGUUAAGGCUAUUGGUGUUUAG